UUCCCAGCUGCAAAUCUCUCCGCGAUGGGCACUCCCAGCCAUGGCUACGAUCCUCGGGAAUCGGUCUAUGCGGCGAAGUUGCAGGACUUACACAAGCCUGCGGCCAUUCCCGUGAUCUCCCGCUCCAACAUCGAUUCGGAGUGCAUUUGGGAACGCCGUGAUCGGCUCAACGCAGAGGCGGCCAAACGGGAGGAGCAGCGCUUGCUGCGCCAAUCGCAGCAGGUCCAGGACGUCUUCGCGGAUCGCCUGCACCAGCGGCCCUUGGCCCAUGCACGGCGCAAGGAGCCCAGCGCUUCUCGGCCUAGCUGGGCCAGACCCAAGCCUUCCAUCCGGAUGCCGCGGUCAAUGGCAGUGAAACCCAUGCAGGGCUAUUGCUUGCCACAGUGGAGCUCCCCUAGCUACGAGUACAGCAGCAGCCUAGCAGCAGGCACCGUUGACCGAACGUCGCCGGAGUCUGAGGAGUCGCGAGGCAGAUCUGCAGCAGCUGCAGCUCGCGGGUCUUGCGACUUGCAAGGAAAUGCUGACCCGAGCACAGGGCCAGAGGACAUCGCCUCACUCGAUGCGAAGAGCAAGCUGAAAAACAUAGACACUUCACGUGCUGAAGUGCGACAGCUGAUGAAUGGUGAGGUGGAACUGGAAGACCUGUCGCCACGGCUCCGGUCGGACCGCGAAGUGGUCGCAGCUGCUUUGCAUGCUGAUGGUCAUGCCCUGCAGCAUGCAAGUGAAGAUCUCCGAGCUGACCGGGACUUGGUGCUCACCGCGGUGCGUGAGAACGGCCUCUCCUUGAGCCACGCUGCCAAGGAGUUGUGUGGCGACGAAGACGUUGUGCUGGCCGCGGUGAAACAGAACGGCAUGGCUCUUCAGCACAGUUCCCCGGCGCUCCGCAGCCGCCCCGUGCUCCUAGCGGCGCUGGCCAACACGCCACAGGCGGCGCGCUUCGUGCCCCGGGAGCUGCUGGAUGACCGUGACUUCGUGAUCUCAGCUACCAGCUUUAGCCGGCGGAUCUUCGAAAAGGCAUCGUUUAGGUUGAAGCGAGAUUUGGAUGUGGUCCUGGAGGUCGUUGACCACGACCCGGACUGCUUCAUGUUCGCCGCCUGGGAGCUCCGCUGUGACCGCAGAAGCGUCUUGGAGGUGGUGAGCUGCGCGGGCUGCGCCAUUGCGCACGCCUCACCGGAGCUGAAACAGGACCCGGAAAUCUUGGCGGUGGCCAUCGCCAACGACCCCAUGGCUCGAGCAGCUGCCAAAAGCUGAACGAAAAGC